AUGUCGUACGGGGAGGAUGCAGAAGAACCGCAUAGCAGCACUACUAGAGGCACUGUGCGGAACAAGAUGAUGAUGGGCCCUCCCACCACGCAUAGAGGCAGUCAAAAUAUAUUGAGGAGCGCCGCCUCGUCAAGCGGGAAACAAACGUUUGGAACGUCCACCGCUGUGCGCCUGACAAGUGAUCGCUCUUUCUCGCGCAACGGCUUCGAUUUGCAACAGAAGAGUAGGGCGAACAGCUUACAGACUUCGAAGAGCAACUUCGUCAGCCCACCAACGUCUUCCUCAGUGGGCAGCGCGAAAUAUACGCACGAUCCGCAUCUCUAUGCAGAUGAGGAGGAAUUGUACAACAACAAUGCAGGGCCGUCUGCUGGUGCGCGGCAACGAUAUGGGGGAGGUCAACACACUUGCUCCGACAGGCAGACGACGGCAGCGGGCCAGAGCAGUACAAAGUUCGCUGCUGAGAACCGGGGCCAGGCGCAGAUGCACCGCAUUAACACUCCCAGACGGGACCCGCCACAAGACCUUCCCAUUCCGGCUUUCAUGCGAAACGAGGACGGCAAGGCCAUCGGGCAGUUUACGUUUUAUAAGACCGGCAAGGAGGCCUACGGCUUCAUCACACCGCAUGUUCAGGAGGAGGACGACGCGAAUGUGAAGAUACUUGUGCCCCCCGCGGGCGGACCACGAGACAGCGAUGCCAGGUUACGCCGAUCUCACGCGCUGGCAGCAGUCUGA